AUGUCAACAACUCCGAGCCUGACUAGCAUUCCUACUAGUAUGCCUACUACAGACACUGCUUUGUUGAAACAAGGCAUACCCUCAUGGCCAUCAGAAUUACAACGGUAUUCGCAAGCUGUGAUGCUUGAUUCUGCGCUUGGUGCCAACUACUUCAUAAAGGAUCAAAACUAUGGCAUCUGGGAAGGAAUUGUACAUCCUUCAGGGGUAUUGUAUUACUUCGAUGCUUCGACGGCGCGGCUUGCAGGCAAUUACAGGAAGACACAUGGUAUAUGGUUGUCGAGCCUUGUGCCCGACAACAAUGAGAUCGCCUGCAAGUCACACUGGCAUGGCCGUGGUGGUGAGGCUGGAAGAAUGAUUCAGACGGCUUUGAUAGGCUUGCUAAACACUCAUGCGAGUCUCAAGCCUGCUCAAGUCACGGUCUGCGGCGGCCGCACAAGGCUUGCCAGUGGGCCUGCCAGUAGUAGGUCAAUUUUGGACACUGGCUACUGCCAUACUGCAGCUGAACAUGUCACUACUUGGUUUAUAAUUCUCUCAUUCUCAUUCUCACUUGUCCUCAUUUCCAUGCUUGUCUCGUCCAUCUUCUCAUCUUCUUCCCUUCUCCUGCGCUCAUCCAUCAUCCGUAUUCCUCUGAGCCAUGACUAUUGGGAGCUGGAGGGCAAUUUUUCAGCAAAGAAGGUUCACCCUGGUGAUCUCAAGACAGCCGCUGCAAACGAGGCAAUGGGUGGUUUGUUCGUCCAUCAUCUACUAUGUUUGCCUGAACCAUGCCAGCAGUUGCUGACGUGUGCUGGGUGUUUGCGCAUGAUAUUUGUGGUGUUGGGAAUGGCCGCUGCAGCAGCAUGGUGGGGCGAAUUUGGUGGUCCUCCAAGUCAUUACAACUUGAAGGACUAUCAGGAGCUGGAGGACAAUUUUUCAGCGAAGAAGGCUCACCCUGACUUUGUGGUUCUGGACAAUUACUACUACAUUGUUAAUCAUCUCCAUCACCAUGACCAAAUGAUAGACCUUAUAUGGCACAAACUCUUUUCUCAUCAAGUAUCGGCACUCGCAGACGAGCAGAAGAUCGCAUUGCGGGUAGUUGUGUGCGUUUCGCCAACCGUAUUACCUCGGUCGGAAGCAGGAUACUAUGAGAGAACAAAUCACUGA